GCGGCGGAGCAGCAGCGAAUCACGGCGAUUGACGCGCGAGAUCAUGUCUGAAUGGAACCCGGUUUGCGAAAACAUCGGGCAUUGUGGGGAAAAAGUAACUGUCUUCACAAAGCUUUAAUUGUCCAAUACUCUUAGCUGUAAACACCGGACAGAGAUCCAAGAUGCCCAUUCCUCCCCCUCCCCCUCCUCCCCCCACCCUUAGCCAGGCAAACACAACCCCUCCCAAGCUGAGCCGAGAUGAAACGAAGGGCAGAGGGGCAUUGCUCUCUGAUAUCUGCAAAGGGACCAAGCUGAAGAAAGUUGGCGUUGUCAAUGACAGGAGUGCACCUUUGAUUGAGAAGCCGAAAGGAAGUGGCGGAGGCGUGUCCAGCAGUGGAGGGUCUUCUGCCGUGGUCCAGCCAGUGGGAGGGCUAUUUCAGGGUGGCGUCCCAAAAUUACGAUCUGUAGGAGAUGGUGCAGCAGGCCGGUCUGCAUUGCACCCUCCUGGCACUCGUUCUGCUGCACCUCGCCCAGCCGGCAGCCACGAUGACCCCGACAGUCCCUCUCAGCAGGCCUCUCCAGAGUCUGGCCGUUCCCAGAGACCGUCCCUGCCUGAUCUCUCCCGUUCCCCCGGUGGAGGCAGCAGCCCAUCUACAGGCAUGAAGCACAGCUCUUCUGCCCCACCUCCACCACCCCCCAUGUCUCGGCGUGGAAAUGCUCCUCCUGCUCCAUCGCAGAAAGCCAAUGCGCCCUUGUACAAUCGCGAAAAGCCACUUCCGCCAACUCCAGGGCAGCGAGGACCUUCUCCAGCGCUGGUGCGUGAAAACGCACCACCUCCACCUGUGAAACCACCUCCGUCACCUGCGAGCAGCCGCUCGUCUUCAUCCUCCUCUUCCUCCCUGGCCCCGCCGCCGCCCCCAUACCGUCAGCAGUCAGGGGUUUCCAAUGGCCCCUCCAGUCCUGUGAAUGAGGAUUCCCCCCAACUGCCCCAGAGACACAACUCGCUCAGCAAGAAGCCUUCAGCAGGUGGACACACUCCGACACGUGGACAUGCACCGCCCCCACCACCAUCCCCCACCCCACAGGCCGCCAGACCCCCUCCUCCAGCACGAGAGCCCCCGGGACGAGGAGCAGCUCCUCCAGUUCCUGGGCAGCCGUCACGAAAUGGUCGGGAUGCUCCUCCGCCGCCUCCACCUCCUCACCGGACUCAUGGCACUAGCUCGGAUGUCCCAAGUCGAGGCAAGCCCCCUCCUCCCCCCUCCCGCACACCAGCCGGACCCCCGCCCCCUCCCCCGCCCAUCCGCAAUGGACAAACUUCCAUUUCCCGUUCCUUUGUAGAUGAUUUUGAGUCCAAGUAUUCUUUUCAUCCUCUGGAUGACUUCCCUCCUCCAGAAGAGUAUAGACACUUCACUAAGAUAUACCCAAGCAAAGCUAACAGAGUAAUGAGAGGAGCCCCUCCUUUGCCGCCUGUUGGGAGGUAAACACUGUGACCAGUCGCUUGGAUUGCAUCGGUUACGAGGGUUCUUCACACAGACCCAUACGCUCAUAAACAGACAAUCUCACAUGCACAUCUAAAGACACAAAGCCUGCACCUUAUUAACAGCCAUUCGCCCAUCGGAUAACAUUCCUCUACAUUCAAGCAAGCUCCAUUGUAUCACCUUAGUCUGGUGCAGAAGGUUGUCUUCGCUCAGAAAAGAGUGAGAUAAAGGAAAGUAUUGCAUUCCAUCAUCAAUAACGGUUAACUAUAUUUAAUUAUUUUCCCUUGUAUCUAGGUAGCACUGCACAUUCGGUUGGAUGUGCACUGAGAACUAGACAUGACUUUCAGAACCUGUAUGUAGGUAAAGCUCAGCACUUGAGAUGGGAAGCGGAAAGCAUGUCCCUGGAAAAUGUCUUAACUACUACGUCAGGCAACAUGUUCAGUGUUUUGUUGUUUUUCCUCUCAUCCGCUACCCCAUGUUAUGCACUGUGAAUAAUCACUCAGAGCAGAAAGCAUAUGAGUGUGAGCCUAACUGUAAAAAAAACUGUUCAAUUUAGAUGUUUUUGUCUUUUGUCCUGGUUGUGCACCUUUCAGGGAACAGCCAUUAUCUUUAAGUUCUCUCAGGGGGUUUGUUGGACUUCAUUACCCUCCGGUAAGUUUGUGAACGAAAGGUCCAAAAGUGCCAACAGAUGCUCUGCCAUUAAUAAAUCAGCUCCUUCAGUCGCAGGGGCGCCCCCAAGGGGUGGCCACGGCUAGGAUGAUUUGCAGUGGGAACUUAAUUUAAAUGCAGAAUGUAAAUUCACAGUGGUUUAAUAAGUGAAAAAAAUGCAGCACCGGCUGCAGCCACCAAAAAAGAUUGUAAAUUAGUGCCAUCAGAGUAGCUGCCCUUCCCCAUCCAAACAAAACACAGUGUGCGCGCUUACAUUAGGUGAUGGUCUAAACUAGUGACUAGAUCGUGUUUUGUUCCUGAAUAAAUCAACCGUUUAAAUGAUUCGGUUCAAUCGCAAUGACUCACUUAUUAUCAGUGAUUUGCUGCCACCUACUGGAGGUUUUAAGUUCUCAUUUAAGGUACCUUUUCAUUUUUAAAAUAAUUUCAAACAUCAGUUUUCAAUGUUUUAUGUAUAAAAUAUCAGAACAUUAUUUAUUCAUGUGUAACAGCAGGUUAAAGUAUUUAAUGUCCCACAGAGCUGCAUUAAACAGUGUAAAAACAUCUAAAUGGCACUUAAGAUGCAGCCUCUGUUUCCUCUGCAUUGCAAAGAUCAAUUUGGUUGAUACUGAUUGCAUUUGCUUGGUAACAGCCCAAAUGCAAGUAUCUGACCUAAAAGAUGCUGCACACUUUUAGAAAAAAAAAUAAGGUAAAACUAAAAAAAUUAGGAGUCAGCUGUCAGUAAAAUUAGAAAUAAGAUAUCAGCACAAUAACACACUCAGCAAAAUAUUGUCUUAAUUAUCGUUAUCGAUAAAAUCCCAGAAAUCACAGAGAGAUAUUUUCUUUUUAUAUAUAGCAAACCCUUAUUUUUUUCCUUUAUUUUGAUGUGCCACCCCAAGAUUUACUGUGGCCUCCUUUGGCCACCCCUAUUAAUAUUUCCUGGGGGCGCCACUGUUCAGUCUUAACACAUCCUCCUUUGGGAAACCAGUAGGUCAUUUAUUCUAUAAUAAUCACUCGGUCUAUAAUAUAAACGCUGGCUAAAUUUGCAUGUAAACCACAAAAUUGCUUUAAUUUUCUUCUGUUUUUAAACAGUGCAUCUGCUGUUCAGAUGACCAAGGGUUCUGGAACGGUUGUCUUACACUAUAUAGUAUUACUGCAUGAAUAUGGUAACUAGUCAUUUCAUUAUCAGUCAUGUUCAUCUAGAGAUGUUUGCAGUCAGUCUAGCCAUAUAAGCUGGCACUGAUAACAGUUUAUCCACAUCUUGUUCAGUGUCACAUUGUUCAAUCUUCCUGUUUCUACAUUUGUUUAUUUUCCAGAGAAUAGACUGCAUUUCAGAUCUAUUCACAAAUGGAGUGUAUAUUAGAUGGGCAGGUGUGAAUUUUUUUUCUCUCUCUCUUUGUUGUUCUGCCUUACAUUUACUGAUUAACAUGUCGGUACGGGAUUUGUAAUAAAAUAAAUAAAAUGUUGUAUUUACAAGUACAUAGAUAUGGUAGUGAUAGUUAUUAAUCUAUUUUUAAGUUGUAAAAAGCUUGUAAUAUAGUAUUUCAGGCAAACAUAGGAUUCAAAUCAAGUCUUUUGACUAAUUACUUGAUGAAAUGUCUUUGCACAUGAAAAUGGCUGAGGAGGUUUUCUUAGACUAAUAUUUGUCUUUAAUCGCCUUCUGUCUACUACAGCAGGUGUCAGUGAACGUGUCUUUAGAGGAGCAUAACUUACUCACAUUGAGAGAGAGGACUGUCAUUGUCACCAUUCCAUGCUUAACUAAAGCCUGUCCACACCUGUUGAAAUAAAGCUGAGGAAAAAAACAAGG